UGUGUUUCCACAGAGUCUACUGGCCCUGCCAAGGUGGUGAGAGCAGGCAACCCGCCCAAAGCCAGACGUGGAGGAAAGGUUGGAGAUUUUGGCGAUGCCAACAGCUGGCCGACUCCAGGGGAGAUCGCAACUAAAGAAGUGCAGAUUGAGGCAGUGACACGGACCGUGUCCUGCCCGCCGACUGUCAGGCAGGUCAGAGACUCAUCGAGAUUCACUGGACCUAAGAAGACAACAACAACGACCAAGAAGGAGUCCAAGGAGAAGAGAGAGAUCAUCGAGGAGAGCAAGGAGAACCUGAAGGCCAAGUCGGACGACUCCGGCGAGGAGAAGAACGGUGAUGACGACUCCCAGAAGAAUGGACCGAAGAAAAAAGGAAACAAGCAGAAGUGGGUUCCCCUGAUGAUCGAGGUGAAGUCCGAGGGUCCCAGGGAGCGCUCUGCCUCCAGGAACAACAGCAGACAGAACGAAAACCCCCGCCUGCCUCCCAACGCCAGGAACGACCUCAGAGACUGGCACAGUCAAAAGUACGAGCGGGAGUGGCGUGACGACCAUGACGAGGUGUCCAGUGUGAAGAGCGAGGGAGCGCCGUUCCGCGGAGGGUUUAGAGGUCGCGGACGUGGGAGAGGAAGAGGUCGGGGACGAGGCAGAGGUGGCGCAAGAGGCCACUAUGACUACCACUACGGCUACAAGUCCUACGAAAUGAAAGAUGGACCCUACAGCCAGAAGUUUGGCAACACAGUGACCUACUACUACGACAACAUGAGCAGCAACGACCUCUACUCCGUCGAUCAGGACCUGCUGAAGGACUACAUCAAGAGGCAGAUUGAGUACUACUUCAGCCUGGACAACCUGGAGCGUGACUUUUUCCUGCGGAGAAAGAUGGAUCAGGAAGGCUUCCUGCCUGUUGGACUCAUUGCCAGUUUCCACAGAGUGCAGGCCCUCACCACAGACGUCAACCUCAUUUUGGAAGCCUUGAAGGACAGUAAGGAAGUGGAAGUGAUCGACAUGAAGAUCCGUCGGAAGGUGGAUCCAGAGAAGUGGCCUCUGCCAGGCCUGAGCAUGCCCAACCAAACCCACACCGAUUUCUCUCAGCUCAUCAACUGCCCUGAGUUUGUCCCAAGACAGUUGACAGAGGAGCCCAGAGGGUCUCCAAGGGCCUCCACACCCGUAAAGCAAAAGACCAAGACUGAAUCAGACAUCUCCAACCUCAAGACGAUGCCCAAGGGCCUCUCUGCCAGCCUCCCCGACCUGGACUCUGAGUCCUGGAUUGAGGUCAAGAAGAGGCCCAGACCCUCCCCGGCCAGACCCAAGGUCAACGCAGAGAAGGCCCCCUCGUUGCAGCAGCAGAAGGAAAAGGACGACUUGAUUCGCUCCCCGGUGCCCCAGCCUGGCUCCUCGCCCUCCCCUGCUACCUCAGGAAAUAAGGACGGAGCGGAGCAGGACGAACCGGAGGAGCUCGACUUCAUGUUCGAUGAGGAGAUGGAGCAGAUGGACGGCCGCCGCAACACCUUCACCGACUGGUCGGACGAGGAAACGGACGGCGAGAUUGAUGACCAUGACGUCAACAAAAUCCUGAUUGUGACUCAGACGCCGCCGUACCUGAGGAAGCACCCGGGAGGCGACCGCACAGGACACCACACAUCGCGCGCCAAACUGACCAACGAGCUGGUCAAAGUGAUCAACGAUGGACUCUUCUACUAUGAGCAGGACCUGUGGGACGACACGUACGAGCCGGAGUACGCCACCAUCAAGCAAGAGGUGGAGAACUUCAAGAAGGUCCACCUGAUCAGCCGGGAACAGUUUGACUGCCUGACCCCUGAACCUCCUGUCGACCCCAACCAGGAAGUCCCCCCAGGCCCCCCACGCCCCCAGCAGAUCCCCACAGACGCAUUGGCGAACAAACUCUUCGGUGCCCCCGAGCCCUCUUCAAUAGCUCGCUCCCUCCCUACUACCGUGCCUGACUCACCCAACUACCGCAGUGCCCGGACGCCCCGCACGCCUCGCACACCUCACCGGAAGGACCAGACAAUGACGCCACGCUUCUACCCCGUGGUGAAGGAAGGUCGGCCUGUAGAUGCCAAGACGCCCAGGAAGAGGAAGACCCGACACAGCUCCAACCCGCCCAUGGAGUGUCACGUCGGCUGGGUGAUGGACUCCAGAGAGCAUCGCUCCCGUACUGCGUCUGUCAGCUCUAACGCCAGCCCAUCAGAGGGCACCCCUGUCCUGGGUAACAUUGGCUGCACACCUCAGUCUCUCCCCAAGUUCCAGCACCCAUCACACGAGCUGCUCAAGGAGAACGGCUUCACGCAACAUGUUUACCACAAGUACCGCCGGCGCUGCCUUAAUGAGCGAAAGCGGCUGGGAAUCGGCCAAUCACAGGAGAUGAACACGCUCUUCCGCUUCUGGUCGUUCUUCCUGCGAGAUCACUUCAACAGGAAGAUGUACGAAGAGUUUAGACAGCUGGUGGUCGAGGAUGGAAAAGAAGGAUACAGGUACGGUUUGGAGUGCCUGUUCAGGUACUACAGCUACGGUCUAGAAAGGAAGUUCAGGCCAGACAUCUUUAAGGACUUCCAGGAGGAGACCAUGAAAGACUACGAGGCUGGCCAGCUUUAUGGACUGGAGAAAUUCUGGGCCUUCCUUAAAUACUCUAAAGCCAAGACCUUGGAGAUCGACCCCAAGCUGCAGGAGUACCUGAGCAAGUUUAAACGUCUGGAAGAUUUCAGAAUUGAUCCACCUAUGGAAGAAGGAGGCCGCAGAAGACACUCGUCCAGCGGGGACGGUCGCCGCCGGCACCCUUCUCUCCCCUCCAGCCGGCCCCACAGCCAGGCCAGCUCAGGCCCCAGCCCCGCCUCCACCGCCCAGGGCCUCGCAGCCAAGGAUGAUGCUAAACCCACCAGCCAGAGAGCCCCCACUGCUGACCCCGCACCAGAUGCCAAGACACUGAAGUAACUCCACGAACACGCCGGCCAACAUGGAUCAACUCAACCACGUUUGCAAGUCGCUGGUUCUUUCUGCGCCACAGGAGGGGGGAGGGGGGCGUCUAGCUCUUCAUUCAAGCAUGAGAAUAAUUUUUUUUUUUUUUUUUAACUGCGACAGUUUUUGAGAAAUAAGGAAAAUUAAUAUGGUUUAUUAAUUAGUUUUAUGUUUUUGAGGGGAAAAAAAGAACCUUUUUUGUCUUAAUGAGGCAAGGAAUGGAUGAGGUGUCAAACACUUUUUUUUCUUUUUUUUUUUCUUUUGCAAAUCAUUGCCAGUCCACACGGUGGAUGGUUUAGUGAUGAUUUCCUGACUUCUUCUUUUUUUUUUUUUUUUUAUUACCUUUUUUCAUGUUGACCCCCCCUCUCUGUCACUGGGACCCCUCUUUGAUCGUCACUGUCCUGCUGGCUGAAAGAUAUUUGAUUUUUCGCCCAGAUCUCAGAUUUAUGAUUAUUAUUUCCUCGGCAUGUGGUGAGAUUGGAGACUUCGAAAAAGUUCGAACAACACUGAGCAUCUGAAAGCCCUGCUAGAGGAGGCCGUGCUGCUUCUGACAUCCAACCGGACCAAAGUGGUUUGAACCGAGCGACUGACAUUUCCAUCCGCAGAGCCCCAGUGCUCUCAGUUGAGGGGCUGAAAAUUAUUUGAUUUACUUUAUGGCUGGACAUUGAGGGGAAAAUAUAAAAAGAACCAAAUGAUAAAAAUAGAGGAGAAAAAAAAAAAAGACUUGUACCAACCCCUCAGUGUGGACACGAUCAUUGAAAGUUGCCUUAUUUUAAUGGUUUUACUGCUUCUAACUUGUGCCCACCACCUUAUUGUCGAUUGUACAGCAUUGAAAUCACUCAUAUAUCCGGUCACCGUUUCCAGCAGAGGCCACUAGGUGGGGCUCUGUCUGCCAAACUGUUCCCCACCCCCAUUCCCCUCCGUCACCUUUUCCGAACUGUCUUCCAAGUGUCACUCAGUCUGUUACAAGUCCAGUAAUUCUUCCCUGUGUUUGCAAGUUGUGGCUUUUUGUGCUGAAACACGUCAACCUGGUGGAGGUUUGUCCCCCCCCCCCCCCCCCCC